AUGCCUGCCUUCGGUGGCAUGAUGCCUGCCUUCGGUGGCAUGAUGCCUGCCUUCGGUGGCAUGAUGCCUGCCUUCGGUGGCAUGAUGCCUGCCUUCGGUGGCAUGAUGCCUGCCUUCGGUGGCAUGAUGCCUGCCUUCGGUGGCAUGAUGCCUGCCUUCGGUGGCAUGAUGCCUGCCUUCGGUGGCAUGAUGCCUGCCUUCGGUGGCAUGAUGCCUGCCUUCGGUGGCAUGAUGCCUGCCUUCGGUGGCAUGAUGCCUGCCUUCGGUGGCAUGAUGCCUGCCUUCGGUGGCAUGAUGCCUGCCUUCGGUGGCAUGAUGCCUGCCUUCGGUGGCAUGAUGCCUGCCUUCGGUGGCAUGAUGCCUGCCUUCGGUGGCAUGAUGCCUGCCUUCGGUGGCAUGAUGCCUGCCUUCGGUGGCAUGAUGCCUGCCUUCGGUGGCAUGAUGCCUGCCUUCGGUGGCAUGAUGCCUGCCUUCGGUGGCAUGAUGCCUGCCUUCGGUGGCAUGAUGCCUGCCUUCGGUGGCAUGAUGCCUGCCUUCGGUGGCAUGAUGCCUGCCUUCGGUGGCAUGAUGCCUGCCUUCGGUGGCAUGAUGCCUGCCUUCGGUGGCAUGAUGCCUGCCUUCGGUGGCAUGAUGCCUGCCUUCGGUGGCAUGAUGCCUGCCUUCGGUGGCAUGAUGCCUGCCUUCGGUGGCAUGAUGCCUGCCUUCGGUGGCAUGAUGCCUGCCUUCGGUGGCAUGAUGCCUGCCUUCGGUGGCAUGAUGCCUGCCUUCGGUGGCAUGAUGCCUGCCUUCGGUGGCAUGAUGCCUGCCUUCGGUGGCAUGAUGACUGCCUUCGGUGGCAUGAUGCCUGCCUUCGGUGGCAUGAUGCCUGCCUUCGGUGGCAUGAUGCCUGCCUUCAGUGGAGUGUCUGACGCUGACGAUGAGUUCGCCUUCGCCGACGGCCGGGCGGUCCUGGAGCGGGAGUUCGGAGAUGAAGACUUGCGUGCUUUGUUCCUUGACGACGAAGAGUUGACGUUACCCAGCCACGCCCCUAGCCCUCCUAACGCAAACGUGAAAAAUUCAUCGUCUGGGAACGUCAAUAUAACGGCAGAAAGUGGGCAGCCUAAGCCAGCCGAUCAGACUGGCAGAAUUUUCAACCGACCUCAGGAAUCGUUCAGGGAUCCUCGGGAAUCCCAUGUGCUUUCCCCACCAGCCCCACCGUCCGCCAGGAUCGUCAACCGCCCCCAGGAAUCGUACUCAGAUCCCUUGGCUUCUGAUGUGCCUCCACCACCAUUUCCACCUUCUGCCAGGAUCGUCAACCGCCCCCAAGAAUCCUUCUCGGAUGCCCUGGCAUCCGAUGUACUUCCACCACCAUUUCCACCGUCCGCCAGGAUUGUCAACCACCCCCAUCAAUCGUACUCUGAUCCCCUGGCAUCUGAUGUGCCUCCACCGCCAGCCCCACCGUCCGUUAGGAUCAUCAACCGACCUCAGGAAUCGCACUUCGACCUCAUUGCGUCUCAUGAACCUCAUUCUCAACCAAGCGGGCGAAAUACCGAGGCCUUGGUAGAUAUCCUCUUGCAACACUCCCCUCAUCCCAAGUACAAGCUCUCUCAUGGCGUCCAACUUAUUGCUGAUCACCAUCCUGCCAACCACCAUUACCAUCAACCUGCCUCGAAAUAUGGUCCCCCUUCAAUGGAGUACGGUGCACCACCCAUCACGGCAGUCGACAGUCAUUAUGAGUUCCUGAAGCGAGUGGACGACUACGUGGAGAACUCGCUCAAGUCUGUCGAGGACUCCUUAAGUUACUUCAACCCCUUGACGUGGUUCUCUGGUACAGCCAAGGAGGAGAGCGAAGUGCUCUCAGACGACGUGGCUAGUAACGACUUCCUGGCCCCACUUCCUCCCGUGUACCACGCACCUCCUCCUCCUUCAUCCUACCACGCUCCUGCGCCUACAUCCUACCAGGCUCCACUCCCUCCCGUGUACCACGCUCCUCCCCCUUCCUCCUACAAGGCACCACUUUCGGCCGCAUACCAGGCACCUCAGCUGUCUUCCUACGUCACUCCUCCCCCGCCUUCUUACCAUGCCCCUCCCCCGUCUUCCUACGUCACUCCUCCCCCUUCUUACCAUGCCCCUCCUCCGUCUUCAUACGUCACUCCCUUCCCGCCUUCUUACCGCGCACCUCCUCCAGCAUCUUAUAUAACUCCUCCUCCUCCCAUGUCAUCUUACGAGGUUCCAGAACCAGCAGGGUACCAAGCUCCUCCAGCAGGAUACCAGGCUCCAGUACCAUCAGCUUACCAGGCUCCUCUGCCGUCAUCCUACGUGACCCCUCCUCCAGCAGCGUAUCAGGCUCCAGUACCAGUGACCUACCAGCCUCGCUUGCCCCCCAUGGAGAGGCCGAAGCACUCGGCGUUCUUGGCGGAGCCUAUCCCAUACGAGACGCAGUUCAUACCAUACGCCCCCGCUUACGUCACCCUCACCAGCCCCGACACCGGCGACGAGGACAAGAACAAGGGCUGGAAAAAGCUCUUCAAGUGGUUCUGAGCUGCAAGGAUUUUUGAACAGCAUUUGCUGAAGUUGUGAAAUUCUGGUGUAUGUGGGACCGUUUAAGUUCUACAUGCAUUAACUUGACCCCGACUGGCUAGAUUAGGUGAAUAUUUACGCAGAUUUUGUCGAAUGAGUAGCUACGAUGAAUUGUGCAUUUAUAAAUUUUUGGGGUCGUAAAUGAGAUAUGUGAUUUUAUAAAAAAAAUUCUCCGUUCACACACGAUAUUUUAAAAAUCUUGAUGUCUUUUUAUACGAGGCUCCUAUUGCUCUUGAAGGCAGUUUGGUCCUCAAUGGUUUACGCGUCAUCCAUAUUGUGAUCAAUAAACAUUCCCUGGUAUGGGCUUAUGAAAUACACGAAUUGAAUUAAAUGUUGUAACAUU